AUGAUGUUCUUUUGCAGAUGUUUGAAACAAGCCAUAACAAACUCAGAAAUAGCUAAAGUUUUGCUAAAAUUUGUGCUAAGUUCAAUUUCAGAUCAAUUCAAUGCUAAUGGUUCAAAACGGCUCAAUUUUCAAAAUAUAUCCAUUAAAAGUUGUCAUCCAUUACCAAUAUUCCAUAAUUCUUCAGAAGCAGAUAAAAAAGUUUAA